AUGCAUAAGGAAGACCCAGCAGUACAAGCUAGCUUAUUGAUCAAUUUAAUAGGAUCGGACGGAUUUGAUGUUUAUCAAACGUUUACUUUCGAAAAGGAAACCGAUCGCGAUGACGUUGCAGUUCUAUUGAAAAAGUUUGACAGCUACUUUGGUGUGAAGUCGAAUAUUACAUUAGCCAGAUACAACUUUUUCACAAGAAACCAAGUUGAGGGGGAAUCGAUAAAUCAAUACGUCACGGCAUUGAAGCUUUUAACUAAAACUUGUGUGUUUUCAUUGCUGGAAGAGGAGUUGAUCAGAGAUAGAAUCGUGUGUGGCAUAAGAAAUACGGUCGUUCGAGAUCGCUUACUGCGUACGGACGAGCUAACUUUGGAAAAGGCGAUAAAAAUAUGCCAAGCCGACGAAGUUUCAAUGGAUGGCACGCGCCAGCUAGAAACUCGUGCAGGUAGCUCGAGGGGAGCGUCCAUCGAUGCGGUGGAAGCGCGCGGCGGAGAUCGCGCCUCUGGCAGCCGGCGAUGGAACGCGUACAGCAGUGGAAGUCGUGCGGCGCGCGGCUCGCCCGCGCUUCGCCGCGGAUGUCAUGCCGCCGGUCGGGUGGAAACCCGAGCAGCAGCGGCGUGUAAGCAUUGUGGGCAGUUUUGCGAAUCGCGAUUUCAGUGUUUUGCGGCGGGCGUAAAGUGCUAUUUAUGCGGUGGGCAAAAUCAUUUUGCCAGGAUGUGUAGUGAUCGUGCUAAAAAAGUUUACGACAUCGAUGUUUAUGCGGAGAAUGACGGGGUAAAUUCCGAUAGUGAUAGUGGCGAGUCGUUUUUUAUAUCAAUGAUAGCGAACACCUCGCAACGUAGAUAUGCGGAGGAUUGGUUUGAAACAUUGACUGGUGAGUAUGGCGUCGAAAGAUUUAAGCUGGAUACGGGAGCCGACAUAAAUGUUAUUUCUUUCGAAAGAUUUCUAUUGUUAGGAUAUAAUAUCAGUGUAAUAAAUAGAAAGACUAAUGUCAAACUUCAGUCAUACAGUGGUAAUAUUAUUCCUAUAAAAGGAAUAUGUGAUUUGAAUUGGUGGUAUAAACACAAAUACCACCAAUAUAAAUUGAAGUUUGCUGUAGCGAGCAUUAGCUGUCAAAGUGUUCUUGGAAGGCAAACUUGCACGGAGUUAGGUUUGGUAAAGCGUGUACACGAUAUAAAUCUUUCUCAAUCAAAUGGUAAAAGUGAACGUGCAGUUCAAACAGUAAAAAAGUUACUAGUGAAAUCAGUAAAUAGUAACAGUGAUUUCUAUCUUAACCUACUUAGCUAUAGAAAUACACCACGUGAUACCAACUUGAGUUCUCCUGCACAACUUUUGAUGGGUUGA